GCCGUUGAAUUUUGUUUAUACUUAACGGGUUAAUAUUUGUCAAUUUUUCUAUUGAUUGAAAGGAUGAGAUUUUCAUAUUUUGUUAUUUUCCCAGCAUGAAGCUUAUGAUUUUAUUCUUAAUUCUCCUUGUAAGGAGCACUCAGCAAUAUGGGGGGCACUGCUUGGAGCCUUAGGAUUCAUGGAGAUAUGGACCUGGUAAAGCUUGCUGCAAAUAAAUACUUUGAAUUAGACCCAGAAAAUGCUGGAAAGUGUGUGGUAUUAUCUAAUGCUUAUGCCACUUUUGGUUACUGGGAUAGUGUUGUAGAGGUAAGGGAAAUGAUGAGGAGUUCAGGGAUCAUAAAGGAGCCUGGUUAUAGUUGGAUUGAGGUUCAAGGGGAGGUGCACUUCUUUUUAAGGGAUGAUAAAUCUCAUAAAUUAUCCACUCAGAUUUAUGAGUUAAUCAAAGUAAUGACUUCCAGUUUAAAGGAUGCUGGCUAUGCUCCUGAUUUAAGCAGCACAUAGUUCUAUAUAAUUUUAUUUUUUUGGUGCAUAUUGCAACAAGGCAGAGCUGCUUGGAGAGCUGCUAGGAGGUUCCAAAAACUACAUGUUUUUGCUGCACUGUUGUGUUAAGAUGUGUGAAAUCUUUGGACCCCAUCGAGAGCUGUUUAGCAAUUCAAGCAAUUCAUAAUUUGGGCCUUAAAUUCAGCUUAUUCUAUAUGAGGUUGUUUUCAUCUCUUUCCCCUUUUGCAGAAGUGUGACAGUAAUAAAAUCUGACAAGGAUGCAAGAUAUGGAUUGGAUUCAAUAGUGACACAUGAUGGAGCUAAACUUCCAUGUUGGGCAUUGGCCAAUUUAUCUUCAUUCAAAGAAAAGUUUGGUCUUGAUGCUUAUGAUAAGGUAUUAUCAUACCAAAACUUUAAUAUCUGUAUCAGAAUAAUAAUAGCUUAUUUGC